AAAACCCAUCCCCAGAACCAGCCUCCCUAAAAUCCUCCUUCUUCUUCUUCUUGAUCAUUAAUUCUUCGGCAUUAAAUCCAGGAGUUUGCCAAUGCAAGAAACUUCCUUUACUGCAUUCAAUGCUAACAAUUAACACACAGUGACCAGAUGAAAGAUAAACGUGGCGAGAACCAAGAACAUAGAGAGAUGGAGAUGAGUUCGUUUCAUUUGCACUGACGAAGAAGAAGAAGAAGAAGACGAUCGAACCCACUUUGAAUCCGGUACUCUUCUGUUAAAUCUUCACUAAACCCUUGUCAGAAAAUCACAAAUCUCUACAACCCAGAUGAUGAUCUAUGGAUCUCUUUGAUUUAUUUGAUAAGCUUUGAUAAAUCGGCCUUUUUUCGUCAUUUUAGGUUUUGCCCUUCUCUCUUCUGGUACAAAUUACUUUACCCUUUUCGUUCGAUAAUCAUUAUAUUCUAUCUUCUUCUCUAUUUUGAAUUUCCAUUCAUAUUCAGUAAAUCUGAUGUUGCCCAUUUCUUGAAAUUAUCUCCAAUAAUGUCUUCAUUCCCAGAAAAGAACUCCAAUCUUCCAUCAAGAUUACUUAGAUGUCUGAUAAUUGUUUCAAUGGUUCUUUUGCUCCUGUCUUUUAUAUCCCUUUUUCAACUCAGUGACAACAACACUGUAUUCUUCCAUCGAACUUCGUCUUUAAAGUUAGCUCCUUCUUCUUCAUCCAUAACUUCACCCAUUUCAAUUGAUAACCAGAAGCACAUCUUAACAGAAAACCAAAACUCCCAUUGGAAUGAGAAGAUGAUUACAGUUAAAGAUGAAAAGCAGUCUCUCCUUAAGCUUAAGGUGUAUAUGUAUGACUUGCCUCCUGAAUUCCACUUUGGGUUGAUGGGUUGGAAAGGAAAAGAAAAUCAAACGUGGCCUAAAUUGAAUGAAAUUCCAAGAUACCCAGGAGGAUUAAACUUACAACAUAGUAUUGAAUACUGGCUUACUCUUGAUCUCUUAUCAAAAAGUAACCCGGACAGGAACAGUCUCUGCAAAGCUAUUAGGGUUUUCGAUUUGAGCCAAGCCGAUGUUAUCUUUGUCCCGUUCUUCUCGUCAUUGAGUUACAAUAGGCAUUCUAAGCUUCAAGGGAAAGAGAAAGUUAGCCUGAACAAAAUAUUACAAGACAAAUUGGUUUCAUUCUUGGAGAGUAGGAUUGAAUGGAAGCAAUUUAAUGGAAAGAAGCAUAUGAUUGUAGCUCAUCAUCCGAAUAGCAUGCUGGAUGUGAGAAAGAAUCUCGGUUCUGCCAUGUUUGUUCUUGCAGAUUUCGGUAGGUACCCAGAAGAAGUAGCGAAUCUUGACAAGGAUUUGAUUGCUCCUUACAAGCAUCUGGUGAGACCAAUUGAUCCAAGAUUAUCAGCUCCAUUUGAAAAGCGGCCUAUGCUAGUAUAUUUCCAAGGAGCCAUUUAUAGGAAAGACGGUGGAGAAAUCAGACAGGAGCUGUUUUACCUUCUCAAAGAUGAGAAAGACGUUCACUUCUCAUUUGGAUCGAUCCAAUCGAAUGGAAUCAAUCGGGCAGGUCAAGGUAUGGCGAAAUCGAAAUUUUGCCUGAACAUAGCUGGCGAUACGCCAUCUUCGAAUCGUCUGUUUGACGCGAUCGCAAGCCAUUGUGUUCCUGUAAUAGUGAGCGAUCAGAUUGAACUACCCUUUGAAGAUAUCUUGGACUACUCAGAAUUUUGCAUUUUUGUUCUAGCUUCGGAUGCUGCAAAGAAAGGUUUCCUUUUGGACCGUUUAAGGAGGGUUAAACGGGCAGAGUGGACCAGGAUGUGGGAGAAAUUGAAGCGUAUUUCACAUCAUUUUGAAUAUCAGUAUCCAACAGUUCCCGGAGAUGCCGUGAAUAUGAUUUGGGAUGCGGUUUGGAGGAAGAAAUUCUCAGUAGUGUCGAAUACUCAUAGGAAAACCAGGUAUAAUAGCUCUCAUGUUCUUGCUUAUAAACAACAUUUGAACUAUUGAGUUCUCUGUAUAAGAGAAAAAGAUUUUGGAUCUUGUUGUUGUCUAGGAAUGACUUGCUUUACCAUUUUGAUAAUGGUAAAAAUUGGAACUUUUUACCUUUUCAAUGUAAAAAUGUGACUGUUUUUUAUUUAUUGUAUCAUUGAUUGAGUUCAAAUUCUCAA